AGCACCAACAGCUCUCGCACCACCUACAGCUGGCUUUUAAAGCAAAUAGGUUAAUAAAAUCACUUUCAGUCAUUGCUCUUCCAUUUAAGACAGUGGAAAUUCAGGACUGGGUAAGAAGAGCAGAAGUUUGCUCAGCAGAAGUUGCUCUGAUCAGGAAUGUGUUCAAGGAAGGAAGAGGCUUGAAUAUUGGCUGAACACUGGUCCUCAAGUCUAAAGCAGUUGAACUGGGGCUGCCCUUUUUCAGAGGACUGUUGGUUGUAUUCUGAGUUAUAGAACAAUCUGUAGCUAAAGAAAAACUUAGUCCAGAAGAGGCUUCAGAAGUGCAGUGACCCAGCACAUGCAGAGCCAGAGAGCUGCCCCCUCAAUUGUACACAGCAAAAGGAACGUGCCAAGAGCUCUACAUUCACCAUGUUGCCCUGUGGACCGGCUUUGUCCUUUGUUCGGUGUCUUGUGCGGAAGAAGAAUGUCAGUGGUGAAAGUCUUGAGGACUCCAAGUUGUGCCGAUGCUUAUCAACAAUGGACCUUUUAGCCCUGGGAGUAGGAAGUACCCUUGGUGCUGGUGUUUAUGUCCUUACUGGAGAAGUAGCCAAAUCUGAAUCUGGACCUAGCAUUGUUCUUUCUUUCCUCAUUGCUGCGCUGGCAUCUGUGAUGGCAGGUCUCUGCUAUGCUGAGUUUGGUGCUCGUGUUCCCAAGACUGGUUCUGCAUAUUUGUAUACUUAUGUAACUGUCGGGGAACUGUGGGCUUUUAUCACUGGUUGGAAUCUCAUUUUAUCCUAUGUUAUAGGUACAUCAAGUGUAGCAAGAGCCUGGAGUAGCACCUUUGAUGAACUUCUUGGAAAGCAGAUUAGUCAUUUCUUCAGAACCUACUUCAAAAUGAAUUACUCUGGGCUAGCAGAGUAUCCUGACUUCUUUGCUAUAUUCCUGGUAUUACUUUUAGCAGGUCUUUUAUCUUUUGGAGUAAAAGAGUCUGCAUGGGUGAAUAAAAUUUUCACUGCUAUUAACAUCUUGGUCCUACUCUUCGUUAUGAUUUCUGGUUUUGUGAAAGGAGAUGCUGACAACUGGAAAAUAAGUGAAGAAUAUCUCAUAAACCUUACUGCAGUAACAAAGAAUCGUUCAUCCUAUGAGAAUGUGACAAGUAUAUAUGGGAGUGGUGGCUUUAUGCCAUAUGGUUUCACAGGAACAUUGGCUGGUGCUGCAACCUGUUUUUAUGCAUUUGUAGGAUUUGACUGCAUUGCAACAACUGGAGAAGAGGUCAAGAAUCCUCAGAAAGCCAUACCCUUUGGAAUUGUGGUGUCCCUGCUUGUCUGCUUCAUGGCCUACUUUGGGGUUUCAGCUGCACUGACACUCAUGAUGCCAUACUACCUACUAGAUGAGAAUCCUCUACCAGCAGCUUUUGAAUAUGUUGGAUGGGGUCCUGCAAAAUAUGUUGUGGCAGUGGGAUCGCUCUGUGCUUUGUCUACAAGUCUUCUCGGCUCUAUGUUCCCUUUGCCCCGAAUUCUGUUUGCCAUGGCACGCGAUGGUUUACUCUUUAGUUUUCUUGCCAAAGUGAGUAAGAGGCAGGCACCAGUUUAUGCCACCUUGACAGCAGGGGUCAUCUCUGCUAUAAUGGCAUUUCUGUUUGACCUAAAGGCUUUAGUGGAUAUGAUGUCUAUUGGUACACUUCUUGCUUAUUCACUUGUGGCAACCUGUGUCCUCAUUCUUAGGUACCAACCCAAUUUAAGCUAUGAGCAACCAAAAUAUUCACCAGAAAAAGCAGCUUUGGCUGCAUCUGAAAGAGAAUCUGCAGUAAGUGAAUCACAGAUAAAUAUGAUACAAGAGAAUCACUUCAGUCUUCAGGCCCUGAUUAAUCCAUCCAGUUUACCUACUGAGCAGACUGCAACUACAGUUAGCUUUUUAGUGGGUCUGUUAGCUUGCUUGGUUUGUGGUUUGAGUGUCCUCACUACAAACAUGAAUCAUUCCAUUGCUAACUUGGAGCUCUGGAGUAUUGGCCUUCUUGCUGUGUUCAUGACAUCCUUCAUAGUUACCAUUCUCCUCAUCCAAAGGCAGCCUCAGAACCAGCACAAAGUGGCCUUUAUGGUUCCACUAGUGCCAUUUUUGCCAUCAUUAAGUAUCCUGGUAAAUAUUUACUUGAUGGUACAACUAAGUGGAGACACUUGGAUCAGAUUUAGCUUCUGGAUGGCACUUGGCUUCCUCAUUUACUUUGCUUAUGGUAUCAGACACAGUCUUGAAGGUCAUCGUAGCAAUGGAGAUGAUGAAUCUUGUUCCGAAAAUAGUGGGUUGCAAGAAAAGAACCCUGUAGAAGAAGUGGAUGAACCUGAAAAUGCAAAUGAAAGUGAUCAAUUUCUUGCACAUGAAAGGACAAGUGAAUGUUAAUCUAUGCAGCAUGCAAGUCUUUUAAACCUUUCAUUGACAUUUUACUUGUGGACUGAAAUUUCAAAAGCUUUCUGCCAAUGUUGCGCCUCUUCAAAGUGUUUACUACAAGGCCUGUCUGAUAUUUUGGACAAGCUGCUAAUCCAUCUUCACCAUUUCAAAGCUGACAGCAUGGAGAUUAAUAUUUAAACUAAAAAAAGGAAAAAAAAAAGAAAUACCAUUUGGCAAGCAAAAUUUUUGGAUGUAUUGUUUGAACUGUCAUCCAAAAUCACUGGCAAUCAUAAAAUACAAAGAAUUUUAGAACUGCCUGGAAGAAGUUCUGAAUAUUUGACACUGCACUGUGAACUGAAGUGCCUUUCGUGCCUUCUCCUUAUGUCUGUUACAUGUUUUGGUCGCAAUCUGAUAGCUCUCUUCUUUCUACAGAAGUAAUUCUCAUGGGAGACAAAUUCCAGACAAGCCUGGAAAGUAUUUGCAAAAUGAAUGGUAAUUGUACAGAUCUGAUAGUUUGCAAAAAGUAGAAGAUCCUAUAUAUAUGUAAAAAGAAAUAAUUGCUUACCUUUACUAAUCAGUAGUCAUAGAGAACUCAAAUGGUAAAGGUACUUCAAAGGCUUUGAGUCACUCUAAAUAGUAUUCCAGAUUUCUACUUAUAUGAAUUCCUUUCCUUUCAGAGAUGCUGUGUGUAUAAAAUAAUACUCCCAAGAGGACCUAUGUGGGUUUUUUUUUUUUUUUUUCUGCAAAAGCAUCUGGGAAAUAAUGUAUUGGUCACAGUAUUGACAGUGACAUUCGUAUGUGAUUUAGCAAGUAUUGUGCUUUUGAUUUCCAAAGGGCCAGGAUUUUAUCCCUGACUAUGUGAUUUGGUACUGACAUACAGCAGUUGUCAAGUUUUCUUCCUUACUACUCACUUAUUCCUGUAUAUUCUCUUCUCCUUUAUCAUGUGCCAGAGCUGAUAUUUCUGAGAUUAGUUGUUACACAUUGCUUCUCCUCAAGCAAAAUUAAUGAACAAAAUCCCAGCCUUCCUUUCAGAUAGAAACACCGGACCAGGCUUUGGAAAAAAUCCUUGUCAAAACAGUAUUUCAGUGCUUCAUGAAGCCUUUAGCGUAUGUUAGCACAGCAGUUUUUCGUGAGCCAAGCCUACAUCCACAGAUCCAUUCAUGUGGGUAGAAUAUCCAAAUUGUUGCACCUGGGUGAAAAAUUAUUUUAAAGUUGGUGAAAAUGAAACUGUUCUUCUUUCAACCUUCUUUCAACCUUCUUUCAACUUAGGUUGAUCUCUUAGGUUGAUCAACUUAGGUUGAUCUCUACCUACCAAAGGCACACAGAUAUUUUAACACUUUUUCUCAGUCAGUUAGUAGUAGUCUCAAGUCCAAUGAAGGAUUCCACAAUAUGAUGUUAUUUUGCAAGACUGUAUUUGUAAAAAUUACUCCCUGAAGCACGAACUGUCUUGGACUUUCUCAUGGAGAGUGGCCAUCUGUUGCCGGUACUCAUCAUUGGUAUUAAUCUCUAUUGUUAGCUAUAAAAACUUUAGAUGCCAUGAGAGCUAUGUUGGCUGAGAAUGAAAAGUACCUUUUUAAAAUAGCUGGAAUUAAAAAAAAAAAAAAAAAAAAGGAAAAAAUCAAGAAAAAGAAGAUAGUUAAGCUGCUUCUGUCUUUCUCCCGUUCUUUUUCACAGCAGUAGAUUAACACUUUUUAAUCUUAAAACAACUUCUGUUUUGUAAAAGAGUAGUAUGCCUAAACGCUGAAGGGCAGAAGAAAUGCUUCUUGAUAGAAAACCCUGCAAUGGGCUGGUAUCCCACCGUGGAGUGAGUCUGAGGUUUUCAGACUGAUGCCUCCCUUCUCAGCUUAUACUGGGAGCAGAGGGUCUUGCAGUGCUGGCGGCAGCCAGUGGAUGGAUGUGUGCUGUUGCAGCAGUGGCCUCUACUGGCUACAUAGCAUUAGGAGUAGAAAUAGGAAAAUACAAGAGGCAUCUUAACUGAGUUUCCAGCAUAUACAUCCUCUAACUGCAGCUGCUGUUGUCCUAAGGCCCGUUGCUAUUGGUGGUCCUCAAAAAUGGAUGUGGCACAGUGGAUAAGAAGAAACUAUAGGGUAGGUGGCAACGGGAUACUGCUUUUUAAUAUAUCCUAAUCCAUCCAGAAUUGAUCAUAAGUUACAGCUGCUUCUUUUCACAACUGAUUAUCGCUUUACAAAUGCCAUUAAAGAAAGACUCAAAUCUCAUAUUUGACUAAUACAAAUAGAUGAUAUGCUAUGCAAAUAUUUGGUUGAUAGAAAAGGGCAGGAAUUCUCAGGGCAGUUCAUAGAGCUAUUGAUAAUUUUCAAUGCCUCUAUUCAGUAACUGAAAGAGCUGUCUAUGUCAGUUGGAUCUGCUGUUUUAGUUUUCAUUGUACUUCUCAACUGGGGCCCAUUUUUAUGCCAAAAAUGACAAAAGAACUGUAUGCUUUUGCUUGAAAUAGUAGAAAUGUAAGACUUUCCAGGCUCUUGAAAGGAACCCAAUGUAGUAAUUCUUAGAUAUGUCAAAACAAAGGUUUUAUUUAUAAGUAACCAGAAAAUUAAUUAAAUGAAUGUAUGUUCUGUUGUUUUUAAUCUGACAAGUAUCUGAAAUAGAGAAGCUGAUGCUUUUCCUCAUCAGCUGCAACUCUGUUGGGCAUGGCCUCUUCAGUUGUUACACUUUGGAGGACAUUAUUAACUUGCCUUGCCCAGUACUCUCAAAUCCUCAGCUGCAAAAAAUGCCAUUGCUGUGGGAGUGAGCCAGCAGUGCUCAGGUAAAGCUUUUGCAUGAUGUCUUUACAAGCCUACAGUGAAACACAGCUCUUUUAAAAUUCCUUACACAUCUCAGCAUGUGGGAAGCAGAGACCUACUUUUUCCUAUGGCUGCUGAUGCUGCAGAGCAAGCGAGCCAGGCUUCCAAGAUGCAAACUGCUGCUGUUCUGUGAUGUGCAAGUGAGACCCCAUUCGCACCCAAGGCCAACAUAUAGAAUAUCUGUUUGCAUGCCUGUCCACGUGUUUGUAUCUGUCUGAUAUUAUCCCAUAGUUUUUUUGGUGUACUGGUUAAAAUAAGUUCUAUACUGCACUGGAAUUUUCCUUUGAAGGGAUUCUGUCAAUAUAACAAACAUUGACUAUUAGCUAAGGCUUCUGGAGAUAAUUAAAUAAAAUACCUUGUCUAGCUUAUUUACCUAAUGGAUGCAUCAGCACUUUGUGUAUUGACAGUUCCCCCUUUCAUCUGUAUGAAUAUUUUACCACCCCCUGCCCCAGUUAGAGAAAUUAAUUACAUGAAAAUAAAAGAAUGGGCCUGUACAAAUGUUGUUAAGGGAGAUGCGAGCAGCUGCAGCAUGGGAACUACCCACUUAACUAAUAAGAUAUAAAAGGAAAUUCAUUGGGUAUUUUCAGAUGCUUCAACCGUGCACAGCUUAUUUAUAUCUGUGUAUAGCUAAAGUCAUUAUUAGGCAGUGGCUGAGUAAGAACAUGACAAGCCAGAAAUCUGUGCAGUCUUGAAAUUCCAGAUGCUUCAGUGGGACUUUGCAGGAGCAAAGGACAUGGCAUGAUAGUCCUUACACAGGAGCUGUGUAUGAAACAAAUUCUGAUUUUGUUCUUGCGUUUACUGUAUGUCUUUAUUUUCAGAAAGAGCAGCUGAAAGCACGAGUCCAGUGGAAUUAAAUGAUUGUUGUUAUUUUUUAACAUGGUUGUUCAUACUGUAAAUUGUUCUGUACAGAUAAUAAUGGUAUGUAUUAAUUCAAAAUAUCUGUUAUUGGAGGUAGCUUACUGGGGUUUUGUUCUUUUGUAGAAAAAAUCCUCCAAAAACAUUACUUGUAUUGGUACAUUCUGGAUGUGCCUUUAGAUAGAGGAAUUAUUCUUCUCCAGUUGGAUUUAAGUAAGCCAAAGCAUAUUUAAGGGAGAACAAAUCUUUUUGUUCUAAGGGAUAAGAGUAAUAAAGCAUUUCUGUAUAAUUCAUGUUAACUAGGCGAUCUUCUGGUAUUCCAGUCCUAAUCCUGCAAUAGGAAAUUUUAUAAGGUAUCUUAGAUUUCACUGUCUGUUACCCUGGAUAAAACUGUUCUGUUAAUAAUAGUAUGUUUUUUCCUGCACAACAAAUGCUGGUUAGAUUCCUGAAAUCUGUGUAUAAUGUUUAUGUCACAAGGUGUUAAAUCCAUUUAUAUUACCUGCUGUUAGAGUGUUAUCAGUAAUAAAUGUCAAUAAUAGUGAUAGAGAGUAACUUAUGUACUUACUUAUGAAUUUAACGGUGCCAUCCAGAAACUUAAAAUUAUACAACAAAUUUAGAAUCAAAACAUGGUAAAGCUUAAAUAUAUAUUCUAUAUUUUAUUAGAUUAUAAAUGUACAACUCUAGCUACCUUCCCACUAAAAUUAAUGCAGAGAGAUAUAUAUAUUUAAGAAAUAAAAGGCAUACUGUUUUCAUGGAGGUUUUAAUAAGUGCCAAUAUCAAAUGUGCCAUAAGCAUCCUGAGAUAUCGAAAGCGGAACAACCUGGGUGAAAUCCAUGACAGUGCAAGAAAUCUGUGUGGGACUGUGCAAUUGUUUUAAUCAGGUGUGAUGCCUUUGAUAUGGAGGUGCAUUUUGUACAAUAAGAAUUUAAUUCACAUGACAGCUGGCAUGUGUUACUUGAUUACAGACAACAGAAACUAAAAGCACCUUUUAAUGCUCUUGGGCCCUAAUUCUUCCUAGACUUGCCAGGAAGUCUGUACCACUUGCAGUCUGCUCAUUGAAAGCACUGAGAUUACUCAGUGUUAGGUAAAGAAAGAGCAGGUGGAAUUUCAUAUAAUGUAGGAUUCUUGUAUUUAAUUUCCUGUGCCUUUAGUAUUUCUUUCUGGUAUAUGUUUUGAGGACCUCUGCAUUUUUAGUAGUUGGACCUUGCCAAAGCUAAAUAUAAUGCCUUUACCAUCUCCUGAUCAGUUUUCCAUUCAAGUUUUAGAAAUUUUGGAAACAUUAGCUAAGUUGAAGGAUUUUUCUGCAUAGACAUGCAUUACAAAGAACUAUGUGUAUAUAUAUCUUUAUUUUUAUUGUCAGUUGGACAAGUUCUGUUGUCUUUGUAUGUUUUCAUUGAGCCUGGUGCCAAGUAAACUCCAGCUUCACCAAGUUUAGUUGGAGUCAGGACAAAAGAUAAAAGGAUUUGAAUGUUUAGGAGGGAUUUUUUUCUUUUGUGUUACCAGAAAGUAAAGCAUGAAACGUGUUACAUAUCUUUAAGAGUAGUUAUGUUUUAAGAAACAGUAGUGCUCAUAUCCAUUUUAACUUUUCUCUUUGUUCAUAUGUACAUUGUAGUGAUUAUUUCUGUAUUAUAUGCUGCUGAGCAUAUAAAAUGCAGAUAGAAUGAUUAUGAUGCAACUUAAGGUACAAAUUCAUAUUUCAUUGAUGUGCUCUACCAAAAUGAAAAGUCUUGAAUUUUUAUGAAUGUAAAAAUGCUUAUAUUUAAGAAUAUGGUGCUUGUUUUUUCACUUUUACAAUACAAUUGUAAUCACUGAUAUUUUUAGUUACCUUUACUCCAAAUUCUGAUGGAAAUUACAUUGCUCUUCAUUUACUGUAAAAUGUGCUUCAUGGGACAACGAUUGUGCAUUUGUUCCAUAUUUUUUAAAUAAAGCCGAAUAUUACUUGUACUUCA